AUGCCGUCCUCAAAAACUCACACGCUCUUGCCAAUCUGCUCUCUCGAAGGUACCUACCAGGGCCAGUGGGCUGGAGGCAUGCGGCAUGGCUACGGCGUGCGCCAAAGUGUGCCCUACGGCAUGGCCACUGUGAUCCGCUCCCCACUACGCACCUCACUGGCCUCCCUGCGCAGCGAACAGAGCAAUGGUAGUGUGCUACACGAUGCUGCUGCAGCUGCUGCAGACAACCCAGCUGGCACGAGAGGCGGCUUCGUGGUCAACUUCCACGCCGACACGGAGCUGGGCAAGAAGAAAGGUGGCCUCUUCCGACGGGGCUCCCUACUUGGUAGCAUGAAACUCCGCAAGUCCGAAUCCAAGUCUUCCAUCUCCAGCAAGCGCAGCUCGGUCCGCAGCGAUGCAGCCAUGAGCCGAAUCAGUUCCAGUGAUGCCAACUCCACAAUCAGCUUUGGUGAUGUCGACUGUGAUUUUUGUGCUAUGGAAGAUCAUGUGGAUGCCACCACCACAGAAACCUACAUGGGCCUGUGGAAGAACGAUAAACGCAAUGGCUUCGGCAUCAGCGAGCGCUCCAAUGGCAUGAAGUAUGAAGGCGAGUGGGCCAAUAACAAGAGGCAUGGGUACGGCUGCACCGUGUUUCCCGAUGGCUCCAAGGAAGAGGGAAAAUACAAAAAUAAUAUCCUAGUCCGUGGAAUAAGGAAGCAGCUUAUACCAAUAAGAAAUACAAAAACUAGGGAGAAGGUGGAUAGAGCGAUUGAAGGCGCACAAAGGGCUGCCGCCAUGGCCAGAACCAAAGUGGAAAUAGCAAACUCAAGGACUGCACAUGCCAGAGCGAAAGCUGACGCUGCUGACCAGGCUGCACUGGCUGCCCGCCAGGAGUGCGACAUCGCAAGAGCUGUGGCCCGAGAACUGUCACCUGAUUUCUACCAACCAGGCCCUGAUUAUAUCAAACAAAGGUUUCAGGAGGGGGUAGAUGUUAAAGAAAAUCCAGAAGAAAAGGUACCAGAAAAGCCACCAUCACCAAAGGAAUCCCCACAUUUUUAUCGCAAAGGCACGACACCACCCAGGUCUCCUGAGGCAAGUCCCAAACAGAGCCACUCCCCCCAACCUUCCUCCCCAAAGCCCACGAAGAAACAAAACCCCAGCUCAGGGGCAAGACUUAGUCAAGAUAAACGGAGUAUGACUGAGGAGCAGGUGACAGCCAUUGUCAAUAAGCCCUUGAUGUCAAAGGCUCCUUCAAAGGAACUCGGAGCAACAGUGUCCAAGUACUCUGGCCGCCACCAUGUCCCCAACCCCAGCAAUGGGGAGCUGCACUCUCAGUAUCAUGGCUACUAUGUGAAACUGAACACGCCCCAGCAUCCUCCAGAAGAUGGGGAGGAUGACAGCGGAGCCAACCAGUCUUCCUCAGCAUUGGUAUACAGGCCAUUGCCUAACAAGUGGAGUCCCCCUAAAUCUGUGACAAAAUCAGUUGCCAAAGAAAGCAAAGCUGAGCCAAAAGCCAAGAAGUCUGAACUUGCUAUACCAAAGAAUCCAGCAAGCAGCGAUCCCUGCCCUUCUUCGGAAAAAGAAGCCAAUUCAGGCCCUAAUUCUGUCAUGAUUGUCCUGGUCAUGCUGUUGAAUAUCGGGUUGGCCAUUCUUUUUGUUCACUUUCUGACUUGA